AUGUUGUACACAGUGCCGAUUUUGGUGAGGAUUGAUACAAAUGUGGAUUUAAAAAUGGCGAUGGUUAUAUCUCAAGCGACGAAAGCUGCGAUCGGUUGUUUCCUUGCGUUGAUGAUAUUAGGCGCUGUAUUGGUUGUGGGCGCGGCGUUCGGAUGGUUCGAUCCGAAACGGGAGGAUGAAGAUACGCCCGCCAAAAUUAGUGCAAGACUCCAAGGGCGGACGUCCUACGUAACUCAUCGAGCUGUAAAUCCAGAAGAAAAUAGACUGCCAGUUAUAUCGCACUCAUCACCUUAUUUCGUUGGACAAAAAGGUGUUGAAAGAGAUGAAAAUGGCUCAACUGAUGGAACAGUGAAUGGAGAUCCGCUGGCAUCCGGCACACUGACUAAGCUAGGCAGAUCGACAGAAGCUAACUUACCGCUAUCAGAAUAUUGUCAGUGUACACCUAAUGAUAUAUCGAGCAUUUUGGAGUCUAUACCUGGAAUAAAGGGUCCGCCCGGACCUCCAGGUCCGACGGGAGCUGAUGGUACUACGGGAGCGCCAGGAAAAACGGGUCAAAUGGGGGAUCCGGGGCCUCCUGGACCCACUGGUAUGAAAGGUGACCAGGGAGAAAAGGGGGAAACCGGCUCACCGGGCAUCGAAGGCCAACCGGGACCAAAGGGAGAUCCAGGAGCGGAUGGAACGCCGGGACCAGAAGGGCCGGCAGGACCACCUGGACCACCGGGACCAGUCUCUUCGGCUUUAAUAGAAUCAUCGGGAUUAUACGGGUCUAGUAAUCGCGGAACAGUUGGUGCUCCGGGAGACAGAGGGCCAAUGGGCUUACCUGGUCCUCAAGGUGAGAGAGGCUACCCAGGAAAUAAGGGUGAAAAAGGCUUGCAUGGAUCAAAAGGAGAUAAAGGCGAAAGGGGUUAUGUUGGGCUUAGAGGACCACACGGCGUCAAAGGCGAGCGAGGUCAGGCGGGCCGCGACGGCUUGCCGGGACUUCCGGGCCCGCACGGCCGCCCCGCGGAGAAGGGCGAGAAAGGUGCUCGAGGACCACCAGGUCCACCUGCUCCUUACAGUCCAACAUUACUAGAAAACUCUAUUGGAACUGGACUAGUUCGACCGGGGCUGCGUGACGUUACCUCCCUUUCAAAGGGGGGGAAAGGGGAAAAAGGAGAACGAGGAGAAAAGGGUGAAAAAGGUGUAAGAGGUAUUGAAGGUCCUCAAGGAUUCCCGGGUAAUGAUGGAAAGCCCGGUGAACGUGGUGAUAUAGGACCAUCUGGUUUACCUGGGAUUCAAGGAGUAGCGGGUAAUACUGGACCUAAAGGGGAUAAAGGUGAAACGGGAGCGCCUGGACCAGUUGCUAUUUCAAGGGAUGAAGCCGUUAUAAUGACAAAGGGUGAUAAAGGUGAAACUGGUCCAAGAGGAAAACGUGGUCACCCAGGUUCACCUGGAAUUCGAGGUCCACCAGGACUUCCUGGUCCUCCUGGAAUACCAGGCACUAAUGGGAUAUCAGGAGAUAUUGGUCUGCCAGGAUGGACAGGCCCUCCAGGAGCAACAGGUCAGCCAGGUCCCCAAGGACCUAAGGGUGAAAAGGGUGAUUCUGGAUUUGAUCUUGAAAAGGUUAAAGGAGAAAAGGGUGAUCGAGGGGAUGAUGGAACGCCAGGUCUACCUGGAAAAGAAGGUCCCAGAGGUCCUCCCGGUCCUCCUGGAACGCCAGCGGCAAACAUCCAGUACAUAUCAGCGCCUGGACCUCCGGGACCACCUGGUCCACCUGGUGCGCCGGGACCUGGUUACAUCAACGAGACACCAGAAAUGUUAACUGAUACCCCAGGAACUAACCGCCGUGGACCAUUUCCAGGUAAACAACGUGACGCAUUGCAAAUACUGAGAAGCUUAAAUCAACUCAUGCAGAAUCGUCAGCAACUUUACGGUUUACGAGAUCCUACAGAUAACUUACAGGACGACAUGGACUUCGAUGAUGAUGAAGAAGGAAAAGCAAUUGUCGGUACAAUUCUGUUCAAGUCAACUGAAUCUUUACUAAAACUCGGCAUAGCCUGUCCUCGAGGUACUUUGGCGUAUAUCAUCCAGGAGCAAGCUCUGCUUGUUCGUGUCAACAACGGCUGGCAAUAUGUAGCGAUGGGAUCACUAUUGGCAAUACAAUCAUCUUCUAACGGUACUCCGACUAGAACUCCGCUGCAGAAUAUUCUGGAAACUUCAAGUCUUGUGCACCAUAAAAAUCCCGCGGGGGAAGGUCCAGUGUUGCGUUUAGCUGCAUUAAAUGAACCGCACACGGGCGAUAUGCACGGCGUCAGCAGUACUAACUACGAGUGCCGGAGACAAGCGCAAAGAGCCGGUCUUGAAGGGACUUUCGGAGCGUUCAUAUCUUCUAGAGUGCAAACUAUUGAUUCUAUAGUGAGUUGGGUGGACCGAGAAAUACCUGUAGUGAAUACACGAGGCGACGUUUUGUUCAACUCAUGGGGUGAAAUGUUUGAUGGAUCGGGUGCACUUUUUGCACACGCUCCGAGAAUUUUCAGCUUCAGUGGAAAAAAUGUUCUAGUUGAUCCGAACUGGCCAACAAAAGCGGUAUGGCAUGGUGCUGGACCUAAUGGGGAACCCGCAAUGGACGCGUAUUGUGAUGCAUGGCAUAGCAGUAGCGCUGAUAAAUUUGGAUUGGCUUCAUCACUACAUUCGAACAAACUUUUAGACCAAGAAACAUAUUCGUGUAGUACGCGGUUGAUUGUACUUUGUAUCGAAGCGACUCCUGCAGAUACAGUCAGAAGAAAAAAACGGUCCAGGUUACCAGUGGGUGAAAAGUUGCGAUUACUCAAGCCGGUAGAAGACAGAAAUAACAGCAGACAAAUUUUAUAGAUAAUUAUUUCCAAAUUAAUUAAUUUGUAAGGCAAUUUGUGAAGACUGUAAAUAUUUUAAAUAUAGGUUAAACAGAAAUCUAUCGAAGCAAUGAUUCCC